AGCGCACUAUUAUUUCGCACCUUUAGCCUCCGCUCGCUCCUUAUUAACCCGCCUAUUCCUCACCUAUCUCCUGUGCCUGAAUAAGCCUGUAUCCUUUGUACAAUAAUACCAUGCGCUCGCUGCUAAAAUGGGCUCGGCUGCGGGCCGCUCAGACAGCUGCUGCGCUUGAGACUGUGUCGAUAAACUGGCUAGCAGUAGUCAUUGCCCUCAACACGUUUGCACAACUGCUGCGCCUAUACAGCUCGCUCGAUGUGGAUGGAAGCAGCAGUGAUAGAACCCCUGGUCGCAACAGAGGUGGCAAGGGAAGCAGGCGAUAUAGCGAAGACAGCGACGGGUUAAUCGUGCUGUUUACUGUGAUUAUCUCGAUUGCAGCCCUGGUUCUCUUUCUGGUGCUUAUUCCCGUCCUGGGCAUACGCUACCUGGUCUCCAGCGCUCGCAGAGGCUGGCAGAUUUCCUCAGUCAGAGCGCUCAUCGGCGCUGUGUAUCUGCUGCUGAUUGCUCUGCUGUCGGCAGUGUCCAACUUUUCUGGCAUUGUCGACGUCACCGCAGCGCCGCUUCUUGCCGACAUCUCGCUCACGAUAUGGCGCGCAUUGGCAUGGGCAAGCCUUGUUGCAGCCGCUUCAGCAAUUCCUGUAUAUUUACUCUGCCGGUUCCGGGCCAACGGUGAAACCAUCAAUAUCAACAACGCCAGUAUACCACACUGGUAUCUGCUGUUUUUGCCUUGUGUCGUUGCCAGUGCAACAGCCGGUGAUUUGACGCUUAUCAUUGAGCCAAAGCAGGCGUCCGCCGUUCUUAUGUUCGCCUUCGUGCUCUGGGGAUUCAGCAUCACUCCUCUACUCGUGUAUACUGCUGUGUAUAUCAAGUGUCCCCUCCAUCAGCGCCGUGGGUCGGGCGAGUUACCCACAGGCAUUCUGGAUAUGCUGCUUCCGCUUGCUCCGAUCAGCCAGGCCGCUCUGGCGAUCAUGCUGCUUGGGGUGCAGAGCCGGCGUGUGUGGGCUGACACUGUGGGACCAUCGACAGCGCCGCUGCUGCUGGGUGAAAUGGCCAUGGCAGUGGGAGCAAUUCUUGGGCUCAUUCUGUGGGCGUCAGCCGCCGCUUGGUUCAUCAACGCCCAUGUGCUCAUCAUCGCGUCGUGGGUCAGACAAAUACGGAGCGACACCAGUGAUCGUCUGUCACGCCUGUGGCAGCCGACAGUGGGCAAGCUGGCCAUGUGCCAUGUCGUGUACCCGGUGGGCUCAUUCGCAAUGGCCACUGCGUACCUGGCCCAUGUAUGGAAUUCACUCACUGCGCUGUACACCGCAGAGGUCCUUGUCAUCUGGGUUACAGUACUGCUGGCGUUAGUAUUGGCGAGGUCGUUUGUCGACUCAGUUCACUUCAUGACCGCCCUUCUUCGCCGCUCCAGGCAGCCGCUUCUGCCAACUCAGUCAAGGGCUAGCCGCACUGCUACCACGGCUGUCAUCACUGUCUACGGCUCGAUAUAGACUGGCUUCUACCUAAUCACCACUCGCAAUCUGUACUUGUUUGAACAUAUUUAAAUUACUGGCUGUCCAUCCUCCC